UUAUAAUCGAAAAUUCCUUAAAAUCCUUAAAUCCUUAUCCUUAAUGGUGUGUGACAAUUUGACAAUUGUUUUCCGAUUUCCCGAUUUGAAGUAAGAGGAAGAGGGUGAAGAAUUGAAGAUAUACGCUGCCCAUCGGUCUCGCCGUCGCCGGCGGCUUGACUUUACCUUUGAUUCUGGAGUUGCCAAAAUUGAAGCAGAAAGGAGUGAUGAAAAGCAGUUCCUGGAAGCGGAAGGAACUCUUCCUUCUCCUCCCAUACGCGCUCCUAUUCUAUGCCAUCGUCAUUCGUCGUUCUCUCCAGCUCUCCCAUGAUCACCACGCAAAGCUAUAUGGUUUGCGCCCUGGUUGGAUCUUCGGUCGCCUCAUUGAUGCUACCGAUGCACAAUGGAGAAAUUUCAGGCAGAACUUACCAAUUCUCACCGGUGUGUUUGGGAUCUUUACAUUGGUUGCUCAUAUCCUCAAAACAUCAUUUUCUUUGACAGCCAAGGGAAUGUCUUUCUACUGGCUUGUGAUUUCUUUGGCAUAUUUAUUUUACCUACAUGAAGCCUGCAUCUUAUUUAUCUUUGGUAUUGCUUCAGCUAACUUUUUCCUUGUAAAGAUACUUGGAAGGACAAAGUACUUCUUAUAUGGGCUCUGGGUUUUUAACUUAUCAUUUCUUGUAUGUAAUCGCAUUUAUGAGGGAUAUCAAUUCUCUAGUUUUGGAGAACACUGGGCUUAUUUGGAUGACUUCCGCGGCACCUUCAGAUGGCAUAUCUGCUUUAAUUUUGUUGUUUUGCGUAUGAUAAGCUUUGGUCAUGAUUACCAUUGGACUGAUCAAUACACUAGUGUUGAUGACAAGAAGCAUAUUCAGCGGUGUGACCAUUGUUCAACUGGCAAGACAUGCUACCUGGUCUUACAGGAAAGAAGAGUAACAAAUGACAAGUUCUCAUUUCCAAUAUACUUGUGCUAUUUGGUUUAUGCUCCUCUUUACAUUGCUGGACCAAUCAUUACCUUCAAUGCAUUUGCUUCACAGUUGGAUUCUCCCCAGAACAUAUACUCAUCUCGAGAAGUUGCUUGGUAUGGAUUCCGAUGGGUAUUUUGUCUUUCACUAAUGGAAUUCAUGACACAGUUCUUUUACUAUAAUGCCUUUGCCAUUAGUGGUUUGUGGAAACAAUUGUCUCCAAUGGACAUCUUUAUCAUUGGAUAUGGAGUUCUAAACUUCAUGUGGCUAAAAUUUUUCCUGAUCUGGCGCUACUUCCGGUUCUGGUCACUGAUUAAUGGCAUUGUACCUCCAGAGAAUAUGCCGAGGUGCAUAAACAAUUGCCACAAUUUGGAAAGUUUUUGGAAAAACUGGCAUGCUUCAUUCAACAAGUGGCUUGUCAGGUAUGUUUAUAUACCUCUUGGGGGUUCCCAGAAGAAGCUGUUGAAUGUUUGGGUUGUCUUCACCUUUGUAGCUGUGUGGCAUGAUUUAGAGUGGAAGCUUCUUUCUUGGGCGUGGUUGACGUGUGUAUUUUUUAUACCAGAAAUGCUGAUAAAAUCAGCAGCUAGCGCCUUUCAGGCUGAGGGAGCUUUUGGGGAAUUUAUUUUUCGUGAACUCCGUGCUGUUGCUGGUGCAGUAACAAUUACUUGCCUGAUGGUGGCUAAUCUUGUGGGGUUUGUGAUUGGCCCAUCAGGCAUUAAUUGGUUGGUUUCUGGGUUCCUUCAGGAAGGAGGUCUGCUCACACUCGGUGGCUUGCUAGUUUCAUUUUACGUCGGAACUAAGCUUAUGUUUCACAUCGCUGAUGCUAAGCAAAGGAAGGACAAGAGUAGAUGAUAUGAAGGUUUGUUCUUGCACCUGUUUCUUGGGCCCAAAUAGAACAAAUUGGGACCCUAACAUAUCAUGAGCAACAUAAUUUUCUGCGCAAUUUCUUCGAGAUAGGAGAAAAAUAUCAAAAUUCCCUUGUGGAAAUGCUCUUUAAGCUGCAAAACACAAUGUAUCAGUAUUGUUUCAUGAAUGUCGUACAGUUUACCAAAAAACAGUGGUUGCAAUGGAUGGAGUUUUGCUUUUCUUA